AUGUAUGAUUCCUACUUCCUAGCCAUGAAACUCUGUUUCUUUUUCCUCCUCUUGACGACAACGUUGUCACAGUCCCAACCAGACCGUUUCAUCAGACCCCUUCGUGGGAGUAACCGAGAAUACUUCGAGGUGGGUUACCCUCCGCCGUCACACGAACCAACUCCGUCGUGCAGCCACCGUGUCCUCCACCACUCUUUCGCCAACACCAUCGACUCUCCUCCCUACACGACCUCCUACAGCCCUCCCUCCCGGUGCCCCGCCCCAUGGUCCAGCGUCGUGCUCCACUUCCACGCCCGCUGCAAGGGCGAACAGUACGACCGCAUCGCCGCUAUCUGGCUCGCCGGCGCCGAGAUCCUCCGCACCAGUACCGCGGAGCCAACCGUCGAUGGCAUCUUCUGGAAUGUCCGCAAGGAUGUCACCAGAUACUCCUCCCUCCUUGCCAAAUCCAACCUCGACCUCACCAUGAUGCUCGAAAACAUCGUCAACAACGAGUUCACCGGCGUCUACCACGUCACCGUCACUCUCCUCUACUACAACGAGUACGCCGUUAAAGCCCCCGUCAGGGUUCCGUUUGUCCCCUGCCCCGAGGAGCUCACUUUCAAUCCAAUUUCUCUGCCCAAAUCUCGAUCUCUUAUCCAGGAUCCUGGCUCCAGAGGCGUGAACGAGUCGCCAGCGGAUUUGAUUAUUCCGAUCUCCGACGACGGGCGGCGAGGGUUUUGGUUCAAGGUGGAGGAGGAGAAAAAUUCCUGCUCCCAGAAAAUUCGAAUUCCGAGAAACACCUACCGUGCGGUGCUUGAAUUAUACGUUUCUUUUCACGGAAAUGACGAGUUUUGGUACUCGAACCCGCCGAAUUCGUACAUCACGGCAAAUGGUUUGGCGACGGAGCGUGGGAACGGCGCGUACAGGGAAGUGUACGUGACGAUCGAUGGGCAGGUUGUCGGGUGGGAGAUUCCGUUUCCGGUGAUAUUCACAGGUGGGAUCAACCCUUUGUUCUGGGAGCCCAUGGUGGCGAUUGGGGCUUUUGACCUUCCCUCGUACGACAUCGAUUUGACGCCGUUUUUGGGAAUGGUUCUGGAUGGGAAGGAACACGUGUUCGGAAUAGGGGUGGUGAAGGGUAUAUCUUACUGGCUGGUGAACGCAAACUUGCACCUUUGGUUGGACCAUGAAUCCAAGGUGGUUCACGCUAAUCCUGUGGUUCAUCACAGUCCUGAAACUUCAGUCGAACGGCAAGAGGAGUUUCGAGGGCUUGAUGGGGCGUUUGAUGUGGACGCGGAGAAGGAAACGCAUAUCUCGGGGUGGGUAAUGACAAGUGCUGGCAACAUAACCACCACGGUUUCUCAGGGGUUCUCGUUUAAGAACUUUAUAAAGUUCCAACACAAAGGGACUAUCAAGACCGUUAAGCAGAAGUUCAAGGCAAAGAAAAAAGUGAAGGUGAUCGAUGGAAGAGGUGAAUCUAUCACUAGGUUGAAGGUUAGGCGAAGGUACCCUUUGAGGUUUGUCACCACCACGCAGGAGUUUCCGGAUGGGACGUACCGACUUGUCACCGAUCUUUCUCACAUUCUCGAUGAAAAACAUGUAAGUGGAUGCUUCGCGAAAACGAUUACCAAUGCCCAGAAUUCGAAGGGGUGGAUCGAGGUGAAGGGUCACUCUGUUGUGUCGGGUCAGGCAAGCACCACGCAGAAUUAUAGUUAUGUCGAUAGGUUCAGCUGCUACUCCCGGAAUGUUGCCGCGGCUAAUGGAAAGAUUGUCUCGGAUAAUUCAACUUUUGUUUGUGAAUUGUGA